AUGGAGCAUGCUCUAGGACUUCAAGGUAAAACAAAGCCGAUCUCGAAGCGGUGUCCUAGCUGGGUAUAUUUCCAGCCCAGGUGUUCUAUUCAUAUCUUGAUGUGGCCAAAUCGAGCACCACGGAGCAAAGGUUCCUCCUUCACUUGCUGA